CUUAUAUAUUUUGAUGGACCCCUGUGCCAAUGGUUAUGUGUUUUAAACGAUAACAAUUAAUGGGAUAAGUAACAGAUAGUUCGUAAUUAUAUCGACUACCAACAAGAAACCCACUAAACCACUCAACCGUUAUACCGCUCUUUACGGGAACAAUAAAAUAUGUCUUUGCUCGCAGUAACAAAGUAACUUGGGAAUUCUGUGUACAUUUUCUUAUCAGUGGUUUCAUGUGUGUUAACCAGCUAUAGUUAACGAUAUUUUAUCAUUUAGUGGCUUUGGUAACAUAUCCAUUUUUAUGCUUAUUUUCUGCUUCUGUUUUUAAACACAAAUCAUGUGUUUGAUUUUGGAUUUCUGACUUUAUCUAACAUUAUUUUCACUCGUAAAAUUGAAAAGAAUUACAACUUGAAGCAUUGAAAAAUCUCAUAGGUUCAACAACUGUUCAACAAAUCUCAGAGGGGUUACUAUUGAGUUAGUACCUGAGUUUGUUUAUUAAGGCGUAUUGACUAACUUGUAUAGCUCAAAACCUAGUGCACAAAUCUGUGUUUGGUUACUGAGCUGCGUUAUUGUCCUUUCAAUAAUUUUUCCGUGGUUUUUAUGUACAGCCAAUGUCAGUGACCUUGUCAUUCCUUGCUUGCUGUGCAUUUCCAAAAGAGUCAAUUGACGACCGUGAAAUCAUUAAGUGGCAGCAAAAACGCAACAGGGAAAUAGAAAAAGAACUGAAAAAGGAGAAAAGUCGUCUUCGUCAAAGGCAAAUGAUCUUAUUAUUGGGUACUGGUGAAAGUGGAAAAAGUACUUUUCUCAAGCAAAUGAAAAUCAUUAAUGGAAAGCACUUUACAAACCAAGAAAUCGAACAGCUAAAAGAUAUUAUCUAUGAUAACAUAUACAAAGGUGUUUUAUUCCUACUGCAGGCGCGGGAAAGUCUCAAUAUUCCAUGGGCUGGUGGACUUGGUUCCGCUGCUGCUCAGGCUAGUAGAGAAAUUGAGGCACAUUUUAAAGAAACUCGAAUGAUGCGUCGCGAGCGCUCUCGACUUGGUCAACCACUGUGGUUGGAAGAAGAAUUUCUGGAAAUCGUGCCUUCACUGAAUGCGAUUUGGGGAGAUGAAAGUGUUCGAUUAGCAUUCGACCAACGUUCAAAAAUUAUUACAGAGAAUUUCAGUGAGAAUACACGCUAUUACCUCAAUCGUCUAAAUCAUAUUGGUGUAGAAAAUUAUCGUCCAACUGAUGAAGAUAUAGUUUGGUCACGUAAACCAACGGAAUCUAUAAUUGAAGAAGAAAUAAAUGUCCACUCAUCAUCACUUGUUUUUAUUGACGUCGGUGGACAAACAAAAGAACGUCGUAAAUGGUGUCAAUGUUUUGCUGAUAUGACAUCUGUCCUGUUCCUUAUUGCUUGCAGUCAUUACGAUGAACAUUAUCAAGAUCGAUUAACUAAAGAAUUUCGAAAUAAAUUACAUGAAGCUAUGGUUGUUUUUGAAGGACUUAUCAAUCAUAUUGCUUUUAGACGUGUUUCCAUCAUUAUAUUUUUUAACAAAACUGAUAUACUUAAAGAAAAGUUAAACUCACGUACAUCAAAUAUUCGUGAUGAGUUUCCCAAUUACCCCGUGAAAAUGGAUCCAUUUCGUCUGCAAGAUGUUCAAACAUUUAUGGUUGAAGUAUUUGCCUCUCUAGUCAAUCACAACUUUCCACCAGAUACUCAAGCUCGUUCAAGUCUUUCACAUUCAUCAUUCAAUAAUACUGCUAAAUGUUCAUCUCUUCAUAGACAAAACUCUGUACCUAUGUCCACUAACGUAACAUUUACAGCCCCUGUACGAAAACGUAUGGUCUAUCGUCAUUUCACAACUGCUGUGGAUAGGCGGAAUAUCGAAACAGUAUUCAAUGCUAUGCAAGAUACAGUAUUGCAAAAUAAUUUACGUCGUAUCAUGAUGAGCUAAAUACAGACAUAUAAAGUUGUUCAUUUACUGAUAGUACAAAGUGUUUACUUCCAUUUUCUGCUUUGGUUUAUUAUGUUGUUUGUGCCCUUAGAUCUCAGUGAACAUAAUAUCUAUACCUUCCGAAAAUGAAUUAAAAGUCCUACUUACUAUUCUUACCAACAAUGUCUGUGCCAAAUUUAAACUACCACUAAAAUCAUCAAUAAUACUAAUAAGAAGUGUGUGCUUUUCAUUUCAUAUUUUCUUAUCUAAUCAUUAAUUGUCUUUCAUGCUACUCGAUUCUUUAUUACGUAAAUAUAUACAUGCUUUUUGAGUUUGUAUUUAUUUUCCACGCAUUUGCUUACGUUGAGCCUACAUAUAUAAGCACAAGACGUUAAUGGUACAAGCAUCUGUCGAUUAUAUAUAGAUCCAAGUGAUUUAUUCCAUUUGAUUUAUGUAGAUAAUAUACUUUAUUUUUCUAUAUAUAUAUAUAUAUAUAUUGAUGUAAAUUUCAGUGUUCCUACAUGAAAGAAUUCGAAAACAAAGAGAUAAUUGUACGUGUUCUGGAGGAAUACAUAUUGAUGGUGAGCAAAUUCCCCAAUGUUUUUUGGGACACGAUGCUCAUUCAUAUGUUUUGUUCUUGGCCAAUUGAUAUUUCAAUGCUUGUAAAUCAUGUGUUUUAUCUUUUUUGUUAUAAAGCGAGCUUUUUAUACUUCUCAACUUGUCAGAUUUAUUUGCGUAUAAACGCAUGUUUACCUUACUAUAAUUAUAUUUGAUGUAUCUAAAGUCAAAGGUUGAUCACGUAAUGAAUAUUUAUAUGACUUC